UCAGUGUGGCUCGCACCCCCGUCGUGUACACUCCUCGCUCACUACCAUGCGUAGGAACUGCAAACUCUUCAUAUUCGUUUCCUGUGUAUGGACACUUGGCGUUGUCGUAUAUCUUAACACGAGCAAGGAUGUGAAGAACACAACCCGGAGCAAGGCUACUGCUCACUACCUCACGGGGUCCGAGAACCUUGCUCUGAGACUGAAGGACUCGGCGGUGACGUCACAGCAGGGGUCGGCGUCGUCGCGGGCGGCGGCAGCGGCAGCGGCGGCGGUCAGUGUGGGCGGGGCGUCGGGCGGCGGGGGCGGCGGGGGCAGUCUGGCCGUCGUGCCCUCCCUCUUCCUGGACGAGGAGGGCUACAUCGCCGCCGCCACCCUGGCACCCGGCGCCGACGCCUACACCAGGAACAAGUUCAACCAAGCGGAGAGCGACAAGUUGGCGUCCAACCGCGCCGUCCCCGACACCCGUCACUUCACGUGCCGGAAGAAGAAGUGGCGGGUGGACCUGCCUCAGACCUCAGUCAUCAUAACCUUCCACAACGAGGCGCGCUCCACCCUUCUCCGCACCGUUGUCAGCGUGUUGAACCGGAGCCCUGAACACCUGGUCAAGGAGAUCAUCCUUGUCGACGACUUUAGUGAUGACCCUGAGGACGGAGCCGAGCUGGCCAAAAUACAGAAGGUUCGGGUGAUAAGGAACGACCAGAGGGAAGGCUUGAUGCGUUCCCGUGUGAGAGGCUCGGACGCUGCUACUGCACCUAUCCUCACCUUUCUCGACUCUCACUGUGAGUGUAACCAACACUGGCUAGAGCCUAUGCUGGAGAGAGUGGCUGAGGACCAAACAAGAGUUGUGUGCCCUAUAAUAGAUGUGAUCAGUAUGGACACCUUCCAGUAUAUUGGUGCUUCGGCUGACCUAAGAGGCGGCUUUGAUUGGAACUUGGUGUUUAAGUGGGAGUAUCUCUCCAGUGAAGAAAAGAAGAAACGGCAGAAAGACCCAACUCAAGUUAUAAAAACUCCCAUGAUCGCAGGUGGAUUAUUUAUGAUAGAUAAAUCAUACUUUGAAGAGCUUGGAAAAUACGAUAUGGCUAUGGAUAUUUGGGGUGGAGAAAAUUUAGAGAUAUCAUUCCGAGUGUGGCAGUGUGGGGGAAGCCUAGAAAUUGUUCCAUGUUCGCGAGUGGGGCAUGUUUUCCGUAAGCAGCACCCAUACACCUUCCCAGGAGGGUCCGGAAACGUAUUUGCUCGUAACACUCGAAGGGCAGCAGAAGUCUGGAUGGACGAGUAUAAGAAAUAUUACUAUUCUGCUGUGCCACUAGCGAAGAGUGUCAAUUAUGGAAAUAUUCAAAGCCGGCUAGAGUUACGUAAGAAGCUAAACUGCAAAAACUUUAAAUGGUACAUGGAUAAUGUGUAUCCAGAACUGAAGAUUCCUGACAUAGGACAUGCAUCUUUUGGGGUAUUCAAGCAAGGUCUCAAGUGUAUGGACACAUUGGGUCACCGUGCAGAAGGAACGAUAGGCCUUUAUGCUUGCCAUGGCACUGGAGGGAACCAGGAGUGGUCAGUGACUCGUGACAAAUUGAUUAAGCACAGUGAACUGUGUCUUUCUUUGCCUGAGCCUCGACCUGGCACAGCUCUCAUCCUUGCACCUUGCCAAAACAGUGACUUACAGAAAUGGAUACGAACAGAAGGUGAUCGACUAAUAAAGGCUGAUGGCCUCAACCUGUGUGUAGACAGUGCAAAGGAGAGAGCAGUUGGAUUAGUAGUAGAGAACUGUGAUAAGACAAUAACAACUCAACGAUGGUCUUUCAUUGUAAAUAAAUCCUAAUAUUAAAGAAAGUAACAUGAAGUGGAACAAGAAUUGCACAUCAGUCCAUAAUUGUGAAAAACAACUUAUCAUGUAUGUAUAUUUUUCAUCAACCAUAUAUGUCCUCACACUUUUUUACUGUUAAUUACAUUAUAUUUCAUUUCCCAUUGUGAAAAUAAAGGUUUAGUACUGUAUAUUAAAAAAAAGGUAAAGAUAGUGGAAGUGACAAGUUUGUGUCUGACAGCUGAGUGAUUAUAUGACUUGGAAAAUUAAUAUCUGAUUGUUAUUUUGUGCUGUGAAGUGAAUACUGUUACAUCUUUAACAGUGCCAUAGACUAUGAACACCUUCAGCCAUCGUCAAGGUAUAUUUGCCCAAAGUGCUGCGUUCCAACCUACGUAUUGAGAACUCAUGAACUUCAGUACAGUAUAGUUUAAGUUUAAUGGUGCUAUUUGAUUAUUGGAAUUAUUAAGCUAACAUCUAAGAAAGGAGCUCCUAAUCAUGUUUUAUUUAUGUCCGCUGAAAAUAUUGUUAGGUGAGUUUUUCUUGGUAAGAAUGCAAGUGAACAUUACAAUAUCUUUCCAUUUUUAGUUAUAUAUUUGCCUGAUGUAAAAAACGGAAACUGGAAUUAUUUUAAAAAAACAUUAUUCACUACUGUAAGCUAUUAAAAUAUUUCCUAAAAUUAACAAAAAGUUAUAGAUUAUUUUUCAGUUUGCUGCUUUUAGACAUUAUAUCAUGCCUAACAUUUCAACAAUUACAGUACAGUAUGUGCUCACAUUUGCAAAUGAUAUUUCAACUCACUCUCAUAAUAAAUGUAUCAGAGUAUGUGUAUACAUGGGAUACAAGCAUACCAAUUGAAUGCUUUUAUGAAUGAUAAAAGUAAUAUCAAUGAAUGGUUUUCUGGAUUAAUAAAUGUUCUCAUAAAUGGGUUAAGUUGGUUGGUAUAGGUUUAUAUUCAUAGGUAUAGUAAAAGCCACACAUUACAUGCUUUGCUACAUUGUGAGAAAUGGUUGCAUUGAGUUUAGAGAAGACAUGUGCCAGUAAAGGUCUUUUAUCUUUAUUACCCAAUUUGGAGAAGGUAGCCAAUAGGUAAAUAAAGGUCAGUUUCACACUAUAGGGUGGGUAGAAAGGAAAUGUUGUAUAGAAAGUGCACAGGGUUAAAGGCAUCAGAGAUACACCUAACCUGCAAAAGUUUCUCCUGCAAUGCAUAUUGCAAUAAAACAUGACAAGGAAUUCAUAUACAACAAUUUAUUUUGAAAACUCCAGUACAGCCUGUAAUAAAGUAGCACACAGUAAACUUGAGCUUUAUUUUAACUUUAAAAUGUCUUUUUCAUCAAUAUUUAAAUAAUACUGUAUAUCUGUAUAGUUAAUUUAUAGUUGCAAGUUUAUUUUGUUAGUGUCUUGAAUUGUUAAAGUUCAGUGUCAUGUACAUUACAUUCAUUCAAUAUAUAAAAAUCACAGAGACUGUACCUUACAGAUACUGUACAUAUUGGUGAUAUAAUUAACAAAAAUGUAUGUAUAGCAUAUUUGCCUGGGUAAAGACAUACUUUAGGGGGCUCUAUUCUUUGUUUUAGAGUAUAGAGUGUCUCAAUAUGAUUGUUCAGAAUUGUAUAGACAUUUACACUACUGGUACAAAUAUUUUAAGUGAAUGUUUUUAUAUAAUUUACUUGCCUUAUGAAUUAAAUGUUGAUGUACAGGAAGUCACAAUUUGUGUGGUAGAUUCAUCCUACCCUGGCAACUGCAUGCAAAUCAAAGCCACAUUAAAUUGAACAUUCAGUUACUUUGAAAAUAUAGGUAUGUAUUUUACAUAUCUACAUUUUAGUUAUGUUUCAUCCCAAUCAUAACAAAGUUUAGUUAUGUUUCGUCCCAAUCAUAAGAAAGUUUAGUUAUAUUUCACCCCAAUCAUAACAAAGUUUAGUUAUGUUUCACCCCAAUCAUAACAAAGUUUAGUUAUGUUUCACCCCAAUCAUAGCAAAGUUUAGUUAUGUUUCACCCCAAUCAUAGCAAAGUUUAGUUAUGUUUCACCCCAAUCAUAGCAAAGUUUAGUUAUGUUUCACCCCAAUCAUAGCAAAGUUUAGUUAUGUUUCACCCCAAUCAUAGCAAA